CAUGCAGAGUAGUGAGCUGAUAGUGACAGACCACGUGCUGACCAGCGAGGAGCUCAACGACCUCAGGAUGAACAGCGGCUGGGAGGACAGCAUCAAACGCACACAGAGGAUCAUACAGGAUGGUUCAUUGGAGUUGACAGAGACCGGCAAGGCCCUGAAGGUCCAGUCAGAGCGCCCUCACUUGGUCAGUUUGGGCGGGAGUCGGGUCAGCACGGCCAUCACAUUACUGCCGCUGCCUGAAGGCAAGACAUGCAUAGGCACCAUCGAUUCCAAGAACCCCCAGGACAUCGUCAUCCAGGGCAAGGACAUCCGACCCGAGCAGUGCUGCAUCGAAAACAGGAACAAUGUGGUUACGCUGAUCCCCAUCGGGCCGUGCACCGUGGACGGGGAACCGGCUACAGAGCCGACAAAACUCACCCAAGGUGCUAUGCUGUGCUUUGGCAAAUCCUGCUUCUUCCGAUUCAACAAUCCCUCUGAGGCCAGACGGUUGAAGGAGAAGACUUCGCGAGGUGACACCGCCAGCCAGCAGACUACAGCGACAGACCGCCUCAAUGCCAACACGAGGCCCAACACGAACGGCGUAACAACCAACGGGUACACGCCGCCCCGCGUGCAGCCCUUCCCCACAGUGAACUUUGGCCGAAGUAAUGCCAACAGCAACCAUAAUGCUGCCACAACGCGCUCAAGCCACUUAGAGCAGACUAUCGAAGCUGAGUUGAAGGAGAUCAUGCGGCAGGUCUCGACGGAGGACGAGUUCAUGAACGAGACUUACAGCAACCAGUACGCGCUGCUUGACGGUUCGCCUGACAAGGACUAUCUGAACCACCCCCGCGACGUCAUCCCAAGCACCUCUUCGACAGACUCCAGCGGCAGCGAGAUGUGGCCUGAGGCCGGCAGCAACCACCGCGACAGCGUCUCGCCCUUGUUUUUUGCCAACCACAGCGACAUCCGAGAGACGGCCAUUACGGAUGACAAUAUAGAUGGUGAAGACAGCGAGGCUAAUGCCACCAGUGAGUACCAGCCCCCUGUCAGCACCAUCAGGUCGAAAUUUGAGGAUGCCAUCCGGAACAACAGCCCUAGUCCAACUCGCAAGCACUUCCACAUCCAGACCAGCCCACGUGGGACCCUGGAGCGCGACCACCAUAAAAUCGGUCCCCAGUCCCCCACAAGAGUGAAGCUGGGACAAAGCAGUCUGUACAGCAAUAAGAACGCCCUUACAUCACCCACGCGGCGGGCGGACGGCGAACGAUCGUCCAGCGACUCCAGUCUGAGCUCUACCUCACUCACAACGGUCACCAGCACUACCAUGACAGCAACCACGGACAAAGACUCAACCGGAUCAGAUAAUUCCGGAACCAGUCUGUCGUCAUCACUGUCAACAUCCUCGUGGAGCAAAGCCACAGACUCAACCGCCAGCAGUGAGGCGCCCGGCUCAGCCAAUUCCGUCGUGAGACGGGAAACCAGACAAGAGUCUCAGAAGACACCGACACCUUCCUCCAACCCCACACCAACCGCCCAAGACCAGCGGUUCUUCGCCCCGACUGACGGCGACAUCCGCCAAACGCUGAUUGUCGACCCAGAUGACUUUGAAGAUCAGACACAAAAGGAGCUGUGCAAGAUUCACAUUCAGGCCGUGGCAGAGCGGAAAGAGGCGCAGAAGCUGGCCUCUCUGGAGAGGCAAAGAAUGGAAGAAAUCCUGAACAUCUGCGCCGAGUACGAGGCCCAGGAACGAGGAGGGAAGCCGACAACUGCAGCCCCCGUCCCUCAAAUCCCAACCCAGUCCGCCCAAGAGACUCCAACAUCCCCUGAGAAACAGCUCCCCCAACAAAACACUGAGAAGCCCCUCAUGACAAGCAGUCCCGUCAACGAUCGGCGGGCAGCAGUAGACGCCAGUCCGAUAUCAAUCGCAUCUGACGCGGGUAUCAAAGUUAUUGUUGAUUCACCGAUCGUCAGGACAAACACGUCGAUUCAGGAGACUCCUGCAAAAAUCCAGCAGUCUGUCCCAGCACCGACGUCACCCAAUAGUAAUCAGAACGUGUGGUAUGAACGUCUGAAGGACGACGGCAGUAAAGUGCCCUCUGUUGACGCCGCCACAAUGCCAAAGAUCAAAGUGGAGCCCGCACCACCCCCGAAACCGCCGCGGUUGGGAGUGCAGGACCAGAACUCGCUCAGCCCCGAAGGGAAGCAACUCAGUGGCCAAGACAUCGUCAAGGCCAUCGCUAAGCUAGAAGAGGCUCGCUCGGACUCCAUCCAUAAGAUUGAAGAUCUGGAGCGCAGACUGGACGACCUUGAGGUGCAGGAAUCAGAGAUGCUGAGAGAGGAGCGCCAGCAAGUUGACCAGGCUCGCAGCCACCUCCAGCACCUGGAGCAGGUCCACCUGGAAACAGAACGGCAGCUGCAGGCAUGCCCCAUAGGAGAGACAGCCCGCAAGCAUGCCCUGCUGUCCCAAUACCAGAGGGAGGUAGAGAAGUUGGAGCAGGAGCGCAAGCGCUUUGAGGAUCUGGAGUUCCAGCAGCUGGAGACGGAGGCUAGGAUUGAGGAGGAGAGGGAGAUCAUGGAGCAGGAGCUGAGCAUGGAGGAGUCCAAGGAGGAGGAGAAGGUUAAGACUAGGAAGGUGAACGUGACGGACAUUGACAAGCAGAUGACCCACGUCAUCACGGACGCCAAGGUGAAAGCUGAGCAACUCGAGCACGACCAGAAGGCCACGGAGCAGGAACUGGUCAAGGAGAAGGAACGAUUAGCAGGCAUCGAGAAGGAAUAUAACAGCUUGGUGAUGUACUACUCAAGAAGGUCAACUGGAGAUCAGGAGGAGACACCAGAACUGAAGAAGAUCCGGGAAUUGGCCGAGCGUCGCCUGCGCCUUCAACCAGAGAUGUCCCUGAGUGACGAGUUCCUAGCCACACGCAAGUUCAACUCCCUGCCCAGGAACAGUAAAGGGGGAGGGGCCGCCAAGGGCCCGCCCAGCGACUCCUCCUCCAGCCCCUGCCAGCUGUCCCCGGCCUCCUCCCACAACAGCCUGCCUCGUAAGGGGGACACCCUGGGAGACAUCGAACGGCACCGCCGCAUGACGCUGGAAGAGAAAGGAGACCGACUGAUUGAGGAAGAGCGCCACCGAUUGGAGGAGCUCUGCCGCCAGGCGACGAAAGAGGCCACGAUCCAGUGGGAGGAACAGAAGCAACGAGAACAGCAGCAGCUGCUGACGCCCGGUUCCCCAAAGCAAACCGGUGCCCCGAAUACCAUCAGUCCCAGUAGCUCCCUGUACAGCACCCCGCGUCAGUCGGCCGGCUCCCCCACCCAUCCCCCCUUGGGUGCGGACUCGCCUGCCGCGGUGAUGUCUAGUAGCGACUGCGCCAGUGUCUCAAGCUUCGAGAGUAUCGAGGGGCACUUGGAGACGUCCGGGGUGUACUCUGGGAACUCCACACCUUCCAGAACAUUCAGCACAGGGCCCAGCUUCACCAAGGAGGAGCGUGAGAAGCUAGCGGAGAUGGAGCGUCUCCUCAAGGAGGCCCAGGCGGAGAAGCAGGCCCUCCUGAACCAGCAGGUACCCCCCAAUAAAGCAGGCCAACAAACCCAACCCCCCAAUCGCUUAAGACAAGCCGAAGGGCAGCUCCUGAGGGAGGAACAGCGGAAGAGGGAAGACCUGGAACACCAGCUGAGGGAGGAGACACUCAUGAGGGAAGAGCUGGUGCAGACCCAAGUCCGGAUGAGGGAGAAGCAGAGGAGCGCACAGUCGAGACCCCUGACAAGGUUUCUACCGAUCACCAGUCAUGACUUUGAUCUGAGGGCCCACAUAGAGAACGCAGGACACAAUGUGGAGAUGUGCCAGGAGGCCACCCUGUCUCGCAACACCUGCCGCGGCUACAUGAUCAAGAUGGGCGGCCGCAUCAAGACCUGGCGCCGGCGCUGGUUCGUCUUCAACCGCACCAAGCGCUCCUUCCUCUACUUCUCCUCGGACCGGGACGAGUCCCGGCCCAAGGGCGGCAUGUACUUCCAGGCCAUCCAGGACGUCUACUUCGACCACCUGCGGCCCCACAAGAGCCCCGACCCCGUGCUGACCUUCUGCAUCAAGACCAAAGAGCGGACAUUCUUCCUGGUGGCUCCGACGGCCGAGGCCAUGCGGAUAUGGAUGGACGUGAUCGUCACGGGGGCGGAGGGGUACAAGGAGUUUCAGUGAAAGCUCGAAAUUGACCUGGAAUGGAAGCUUGCAUGACAAACAUCCAUGACAUGAGCAAGACUGCGUCUUGACCUCCAGAUUCUGACUAUUCAGUGGGCACCUUCUAUCGGGUCUUCGGUAACCCAAUGUUGUUAAAUGACAAAAAAAAACAAUUGCAGCUAUUGACCAAUCAACAAUUUCUGCUCUAAAUCACGUCACAACUUCUAAAAGCGGCUCCGAUAAGCUGGUGUACAGACCGCAUAAAAAUUACAUGCAAGGAUAUAUCAGAAAUGUGUGGUUUGGCUCUGCAAGCAUGAACGUCUGAUCCCAAGACUCGGAAAACGAUUUUCCAUUUGGAGUUUGAAGUUGAAGUUUCCAGGAAUUGUCAUCCAAUUUUGAUCAACUUUUUUGGCUUGUUGCCCUGUGACCUAAUAUCAGUAGUGCAACUCGGGAAUGAAACGUCAUACCUUUUUGCCUAGAUUCUGGACGUAAUUUUAACUGCAUUUAUUAUGAGUUUUAUGAUCACGGAAAGGACGCACUGUGUUCUGACAGCUGUUAACUUUUGAACCUGUGAGAGUUUCCCACUAAAUUUGUUUUGUCACUGCCCUCCAGUUUGGAUAUUAAGAUUAAGAGUCAGAGAACAGUGGGAAUUUCUACUGCAGCUUUCUGCUUUGACGACCUUUGCUCAAGUUAAUGAAAAGACAGUAGGGACUAUGUGUUGCAGGUUGUGUAUUGUGAGCUGGGCAAUAAACAGGUUGCCAGUCUACCAC